GGUUCGUUGAGAGACUCACACUUGCAUAGAGGAGCUGCCACCGAUCCACUUCCAAUGGGGGCAUACACAUAUGUGUCGGAGCUAUGGAAGAAGAAGCAAUCAGAUGUGAUGAGGUUCUUGCUGAGGGUCCGCUGUUGGGAGUACCGCCAGCUCCCCGCCGUCGUCCGGGUCGUCCGCCCCACCCGACCUGACAAAGCCCGCCGCCUCGGCUACAAGGCCAAGCAGGGUUUUGUCAUCUAUCGGGUUCGUGUGAGGCGAGGUGGUCGCAAGAGACCUGUCCCUAAAGGUAUCGUGUAUGGUAAGCCCACCAACCAGGGUGUUACCCAACUCAAAUUUCAGCGCAGCAAAAGGUCAGUUGCAGAAGAACGUGCUGGUAGAAAGCUGGGUGGUCUUAAGGUUCUGAACUCAUACUGGAUCAAUGAGGAUUCAACUUACAAGUACUUUGAGGUAAUCUUGGUUGAUCCUGCACAUCAAGCCAUCCGUAAUGAUCCAAGAAUCAACUGGAUUUGCAACCCUGUGCACAAGCACAGAGAGCUCCGUGGCCUCACUUCAGCAGGAAAGAAAUACAGAGGCCUACGUGGAAAGGGACACUUGAACCACAAGGCACGUCCCUCACGCAGGGCCACCUGGAAGAGGAACAACACACUUUCGCUUCGCCGAUAUCGCUGAGUUUUACUUGCUGUUGGUCACUGUUUAUGUUGUUUGUUUGGACUUGUUUGGAUAUUCGAAGUUAGAACAAUAGUUUGAAUUUUGGUUUGUGGGAUGAGUAUGACGACUGACCCUUUAAUCUUCAGUGUUCUUUACCAUAUUUGCUGCAUAUGUUUGGAUAAUGUUGUGACCCUGGCAAGUUAGCUUCGUGUUUAUGCACCCUAUAUUUGCGUUUU